AUGAGCCUAUCUCCCAUUGGCAGUGAAGCUUUAGCCUGCACCGGCCUCAGCGUCCUUGAGUUUGGCUCGGGCCUUGGACUCGGUGGCGUGGCCUGCGCUGGCUUCGGUGCCCGUGCAGUGCUGCUCCAAGACAGAGAUCCCGAGUGCCUUAGACAAGCUGUCGAGACGGCAGUGCGCAGUGGUGUGGCGCAGUGGAUCACCACGCUUAGAUGCGACUACAACGAACUGCCGGCCAAGCUGGCAAGUGGCAAGGAAGCACUUCGGGAGUUCGCGCCGCCCGAUGUCUUCGUCGGCUGCGAUGUGCUUCUCAACCAGGCGAGCGUUGAAGAGAUCGUCUCGGUGCUGAAUCUCUUUCUGCGCUCUCCCUCCCAGGUGGCCUACUUCAUGGACCCCUACACGCGCCCUCACCGAAAGCUGUUCAUGCAGUACUGCGACAGCAUGGGCUUGGUAGCCAAGGAGGACGAGAUCGUGACCUGGGAACCGGAUUGGGAAAACCCCCUGGAAUACGACAGGGAAUGGGUGGACGCUGCACGUCAUUUCAGCCCCGCACCUCAAAGUGCUUCCCCUCCGACCCUCCCUGUGGCAGAGCCUGAACCUUGGAUGCCCGCACCAAUCGCUGCCGGCUCAAACCCCAGUGCCCCAUCCGAAUCCAAAAUCGCGGCUAUGAAGCUUCAUCAGAUCAUCGUGCUUUGCACAUGGGCUCUGCCAGCCUGGGCUGGAAUCACAGUCCCCGAGCAUGAGAAGCAGUGUGAUGGCGUGAGCUGGGCAUGCAGAAUUGUCUGCAGCCAAGGCAUGCUCGGUGGCAGAGGUCAGAAGGCAAACUGGUGUGUCGCAAAGCAUUGCACCAGACAGAAAGCUGUUGCUGCAGCUAUGGUCGCCGCCAGCCAGGAGUAUUGUUCCAAGAAAACUUGUUUCAUCCAGGAGACUGAGGCGAUGGGCUUGCUGCAGUUCAGAAAGCCUCAGCAAGGCAGUCUGGUGGCCAUGCAGGUGAAUGCCACGACCGACUGCCUUGACGAGAAGGCUGUCUGUGGUAAAUUCUGCGAUGCGUUGAACUCUCCGCGUGACUUCUGCAUGCCCAAGUGCACCGAGAAAGCUCAUGCCAUCGCAGAUGCCUUGGAUGCAUACUGCGACAAAUGUGCUUCGCCGUCGGACUACCCCACCACCACGGAGAAGGAGUACAAGACGACCACCGAGGAGCCGACUACCACGGAAGAGCCGACCACGACCACGGAGGAGCCGACCACAACCACGGAGGAGCCGACCACGACCACGGAAGAGCCGACCACGACCACGGAGGAGCCGACCACAACCACGGAGGAGCCGACCACAACCACCGAGGAGCCGACUACCACGGAGAAAGAGUACAAGACGACCACGAAGCCUGCCGUAGAUGAUGAUAUGGACGGCCGCCGGCGUCGCAAGGAUCACGACAAGGACGGCCGCCGUCGCCGCAAAAAGAAGGACGAUGAUGAUGGCGGCAGCAAGGACGACGACAAGGACGGCCGCCGUCGCCGCAAAAAGAAGGACGAUGAUGGUCGUAAGGACGACGACAAGGACGGCCGCCGCGGCCGCAAAAAGAAGCACGAUGAUGAUGGUCGUAAGGAUGACGACAAGGACGGCCGCCGUGGCCGCAAAAAGAAGGACGAUGAUGAUGGUCGUAAGGACGACGACAAGGACGGAUUCCUCGUGCACGUGGCAGCAAAGUUGCCCGGGCACUGGAACUACUUUUGGCCGGAUGCAGUAAAACAUGUUGGCGAUGAUGCCUAUGCAGACCAGCACAACAGUCUGCGGGCCAUUGAAGGAGACCUCCGCUUAGAGGAGUUGGAGCUUCAAGGAGCACGGCUACCCAAGCUGGAGGCCGAUGUGGAGCGCCGGCGCGCUACCCGUGAACAGCUUGCACAUCAGUGUUCGCAGGUCCGUGCUGCGCAGGAGAAAGAGAUGCGAAGCAUCCGCGAGGAGCUGAGGGCAGCACAGGUGGCUCGGGCCGAGGAGCUUCUCUCAGCUGCCGGCACGGCCCUGGGUAAAGUCGCUGCAGGCUCUCCAGUACCUACCGUGGGAAUCGGAGGUGCCGGCUAUCCUGGCAAGCAGGAGGAGGCUGACGAAAACCCAUUGCUUAUUGUGGAGGCGUCUCACAAGUACCAUAGCACGGGUGUUCUCAAAGGUUGGUACAGGCGCAGGCGGCGCAGGCUGAUGGCAGAGCUGGUCGUGUAUGGCCGUGAUAGCUGCGGCCUCUGCUCGAAGUUCAAGAAGGAGUGCGAUGCGAAAGAGCUGAAGUACAGAUGGAGCGACAUCACUGUGAAUGCAAAUAAGGCGGAGAUGUCGCGGAAGCUUCGAGCUUGCUCGUGGUUCAAAGGUGGCACCUUUGGGCUUCCGCUGGUCGACGUCUAUGGGGAUAUGCAGCAAAGGCCAACUGUCGACGUUGUCUUGGCGGCCAAGAAAGCAUUGCCAAGCGAUGCCGAAGUGGACAAGAUCAAGAAGCAGUUCAAGGAGCUGGAUGUGAACAAGGACGGCACUCUCAGCUUCGAGGAGAUGAAGAAGAUGAUGGUGACCUUGAGCCCAAAACUCUCCGAGGUCCAAUUACAGAAGCUCUUCUGCGCGGCGGACGUAGACCAGAGUGGCACAGUGGAGUUGGAUGAGUUCAUCGACUUUGUCCUCAAAGGAAAGCAAGUCGUGGCAAAGAUCAUUCAGGAGCCUCCACAAGGCAAGCCCUCAGCAGAAGGUGUCCGAGCAGACUGGAAGAAGGACGUUCUAGCCGCCCACAACGCCUUCCGCGCCGAGCACGGCGCUCCGGCCCUCACGUGGAGUGACGAGUGCUACCUCUUGGCCAAGAAGCAGGCCAACGCAUGCCAGGAGAGGUCUUGCAUGUUCCACGAUUGCCUGGAAGGGCCGUCUGGCCGGCAUGGUCAGAACAUCUUCUGGUGCUCUUCCCCGGGGAAGUCGGCAGAGGAGAUGACCCAAGCAUGGUAUGAUGAGAUCAACCAACCGGGCUAUGACUGGAAGAAGGCCACGUUCUCUCCUGGCACAGGACACUUCACGCAAGUCGUUUGGAAAGGAACCAAGCAAGUGGGCAUGGCUCUGUCGGAAGACGGUCGCUUCUGCGUUGCGAACUACUUUCCGGCGGGAAACAUGAUGGGGUCCUUCAAAGAGAACGUUCUUCCACGGGGCACUGAGUACAAGCCCAAGAAGGAGGCGCCGAAGCCUGCGGCCGCAGGUGCUGGUGCUCCCAGCAGUGAUGCUGGAGGCGAGUCUAAGAAGACCGUCUCUGCGAAGGAAAUGACGCCGGAGCUCGCGGCGAGCUUCGAGGACUGCCCCUUCCCGUUCAAGGAGAAGGCGGAAGCUGCUCUGAAAGAGGGAGCUGAGGUCACUGUGACACGAGGGGAAGUAGGCAUCCGAAAGACCAUCGAGGUGACCAUCAAGCAGGGAUGCAGCACCUCCCGCAUGAGGGGGGCUUGGGGCGCACGAGGCUGA